AUGGUGUACCGAGGAAAGCCCGGUCUGGGCUGUGAGUUGUGCCGCAAACGACGCCUAGCUUGCGAUCGGCGUCGGCCAUCAUGCUCGCAAUGUUUGCGAAUCAACCAGGAGUGCUCCGGCUAUCGAGAUCCAAACACUCUGAGAAUCCUUGAUCAGACCAACGAGGUCGCGGUGAAGGCCCACGCCCGACGCACUGCAUCCAAAUCACCUCCUGCCGAUCGGUCAACUCCCCCAGCAGCUCUACUUCCUCCACCUACCUCCCCGGACGAGCAGGCCAUGUCUUACGUCUUCAACUAUUAUGUUGGUACUUUGAAAAGCCAGGGGGUGAUGCCAUACCUAUCGGACCUAUUGCGUGGAGACCCCUCUCCUGCGCUGCAGGCCACAGUCAGGGCGGUAGGGCUAGCGAACAUGUCGAGAGAGCCUCAAUACCGGCGAUUGGCAAGGAAAGAAUACGGCGUCGCCCUGCGUGCCACCAACGACGCGCUAACGCAUUCAGUCUCGGCAACGUCCGACUCCACUCUGGCAGCGGUCCUGUUGCUAAGCACCUAUGAGAUGAUUACCUGUAGUCCAUGGGACAAGCUAAGUGGGUGGAAUAAUCAUGUACAGGGUGCCAUCAAACUCCUCGAGCUAAGGGGUCUGGAGCAACUGGACUCGCGCGCCGGGAUGGAGUUAUUUACCACCGUGCGUUUCCAAAGUGCUAUCAGCAGCAUAUUCUACCGAAUCUCGAGCAAUAAUACGCCAAGAAUGGCGGAAUUAUCCAUUGCCGCCCGGUCCAAACGGAACCCACAUUUUCACCCAAUCGAAGACUUUUACGAUAUCCUACUCAGACUGGGUGACCUAGCUGUUCGCGUUGAAAGCGCACAUCUGGGUCUUGAUUUUAUCAAGAACCUACGACACCUUAUCGACGAGGCUAUUCUCCUUGACGCGGAUAUGGAAUUAUGGCGCACAUCGCUGAGUCCAUUCUGGUAUUAUACCAUGGUGGAAAUCCCGCACACCCCAUCCAAGAACCAACCACAUUUUCCCCAUCGCGGCGACAAAUAUCACCUUUAUCAUAACGUCAACCUCGCCUCCAUCUGGAACAACUACCGUCAAACCCGGAUCGUGGUGAACGAGAUGCUUCGAUUCAUGUCCCUCCGGAUGUGGAGGCUCCAACGAGCACCCGAAUAUCAACAGACGAUGUCCCAGUGCAUGGAGACUAUCCAGCAGAUGGUGGAUGACAUCUGUGCUAGCAUUCCAUAUCAUUUUAUAUCCGGAGAGACAGGGUUUGGAGCCUCGAUCCGGUUGCUGUGGCCUUUGUAUAUUGCGGGGAGUUCCAAGUGUACGGAUUCUUCCACCCGAGAGUGGAUUGCGCAGAUUCUGGAUGUCAUUGGAAACACUGUGGGCUUGCAGCAAGCGCUGAGUAUGGCGCAGAUUGUGAGAGAAGAGGCUUCGCUGGAUGUGAUUGCCGGGAAAUGCAGCUAGUCAUUUCUCUCUGGUGGAUUAUUUGGAUCAGGUCGCUUAUUGUAUAGUCAUCCUGGCAGUUUAGUCUGGCGUGUGCUGGUUCAUUCGCCCUAACACUCACAAGUACCUGGUUAAAUAGAACUCUAGUAACUUGGGC